UUGAACUUCGCUACUGAAUGCAAGAAUCCACUUUUAUACCCAAUAGUGCUUGCAAGAUGUCCGAAAACGUGCGGUCUAUGUGACAGACCAGGCGCUCUCGGCAGGUGCCCAGAUAGUCAUCCCAUUUGCCCUCAAUUGAGAUUAUUUGGAAAUGCGUGUCAGGACAGUAGAAUUGCACAAAUGUGUACAACUACUGCAAGUGCGCGAUCAUUGGUACUAUGCCAGGAUAGAAGAACUAACUGCGUUAGCUAUGCACCUUAUUGCAAUCACCCAAGAUAUUCAAGUGUGCUGAGAGAUGUGUGUCCUCGUACAUGUAGAGUCUAUCACUCACCAUUGUUGGUUGGACUCACAUUGCUGGCUUGUCGGGUUGGGCAAAUAUGCCAAAGACUUCCUUGGAAAUAG